AUGCUAAGGAGCUUGUUUAUAAUACAAAGGCCAAGUAUUGGUCGUCUUGCUGGUACUGGCUUGCUUGCUAAGCGUGGUUUCACUUCUUUAUCAUCACAAGGAGGAGGAGGAGGAGGAGGAGGAGGGCCAUCUGUACCACCAGCGGCUUCGCUAAACUACUUCCAGAAUAAGAGUCUUCCCUCAAAUACAGUGAUCAAGUUUGUGCCACAGCAACAAGCAUGGAUAGUUGAGAGAAUGGGUAAGUUCAAUCGAAUUUUACCACCAGGAUUGGCUAUUCUUUUACCAAUAUUGGAUAAGAUCACUUAUGUCCAGUCCCUCAAGGAAACGGCCAUCGAGAUUCCCACGCAGAGUGCCAUUACAUCGGAUAACGUCUCGCUCGAGUUGGACGGGGUCCUUUACGUGAAGGUGAUAGAUCCAUACAAGGCAAGCUAUGGUGUUGAAGAUUUCCAAUUUGCUGUAUCUCAAUUAGCACAAACUACAAUGAGGUCGGAGAUUGGUAAUAUGACUUUGGAUUCGGUUUUAAAAGAACGUCACAAUUUGAAUAACAAUAUUAACAAGGUGAUCAAUGAAGCAGCUAACGAUAACUGGGGGGUUGAAUGUCUUCGUUAUGAAAUUAGAGAUAUUCAUCCACCAAAGCAAGUAUUGGAAGCUAUGCACCGACAAGUUAGUGCUGAGCGUAGUAAAAGAGCAGAAAUAUUGGAAUCAGAAGGUAACAGGCAAAGUAAAAUCAACAAAAGUGAAGGUGAGAAACAAGGCAUUAUAUUGCAAUCGGAAGCUAAUAAAAUCGAAAAGAUCAAUUUGGCAAUGGGUGAAGCUGAACAAAUUAAAUUAAAAGCUGAAGCAACAGCAAAGGGAUUGAAAAUCAUUGCUGAGGCAAUUAAGCAAACUGAAGGUGGAGAAAGGGCAAUUAGUUUGCAGAUUGCUCAAGAGUACAUAAAAGAGUUUGGAAAAUUGGCAAAGGAAUCAAAUACAAUGAUUGUGCCUUCUAAUGUUGGCGAUAUUUCAAGUUUCAUGGCCCUGGGAUUAUCAAUUUAUAAGAAUUUGAAUGAACAAGAGAAGAAACAGGCUCAAAAAUAA